AUGCAUAAUUCCUCCGAUCUCUUCGACCGACUUCUGCUUAGCUUAGCACGAGCCAGGAGAGAAGAAGAAGAAGAAGGAGAAAGAGAAGAAGAAAAAAAACGAGAAGAAGAAGAAAAACAACGUGAAGGAAAAGAAGAAAAACAAAGUGAAGGAAAAGAAGAAGAACAGGAAGGAGAAGAAGAGGAAGAAAAAAAACGAGAGAGAGAAGGGGAAAACGAGGAAGAAGAAGAUGAAGAAGAUGAUGAAGUUAAAGAUGAAGCUGAAGAUGAAGAAGAUGAAGAUGAAGAUCAAGAAGAAGAUGAUGAAGAUGAAGAUUUUUUUCUCAUAGCCACCGUUUUAAAGAUAAAUAUAUUACUUUGA